UUUUAAAAUAAAAAGUUUAAGUUUGUUUGCGCUGUAUUAAAUUGUACAUAUAUAUAUACAUAUAUAUCGCUGAGAUGUUGUGCAGAAUCUCACCACAAUGUUUGUCACUUUCCUGUUUCGGACGUCAAUUAAAGGCCCACCGAUAUAUGAUGUUGAUGCUAACGUAUCGGUCUUGCGAGGCGUGUAUGGGAUGAAGAGGGGCAUUUAAAAGCGGUCCGGACGCUGGUCCACGGCCAGUACCGCUUAUACAACGGACCAGAAAAUUUCUCCAGGUACAAGAUUAGAUACAGAUUAGAUUUAUAAAAUGCUCACCACAGCGAUGUUAUUGCUGGUGCUCGUACUGCUGUUGCUAUACUUGGGCUGUCAAAAACCGAAAGGAUACCCACCAGGUCCAAGAUGGUGGCCCGUUCUGGGCUGCGCGUUGGAAAUAGCGCGUAUCCGUCAAGAGACCGGAUAUCUCUUCAAGACCUGUUCGGCGCUCUGCAAGAAAUAUGGUCCUGUGGUAGGCCUAAAGAUCGGCCAAGACCGCAUCGUUGUUCUGAACGAUAUGGAGAGCAUACGGGCGAUGCUGACCAACGAGGAUUGCGAUGGCAGACCGACCGGACCGUUUUACAAGGCCAGAACUUGGGGCGUCAGACUGGGUCUCAUUGUAGUGGAUGAUAGACUGUGGGUGGAGCAACGGCGAUUUGUCUUGCGACACUUGCGAGAAUUUGGCUUCGGUCGCACCAGUAUGGUCACGAUCAUCGAGGAUGAGGCGUUGAAGCUCGUGGAACAUUUCAAGAAGCUGCUACAAAACGGCUAUAAUUAUGAAAUGGCUGAUGUGCGAAAGAUGACGACGAUAAAUAACAACAAUAAUAUCGGCCAGAUAUACAAGCUGCAGAAAGAUCCGAAGAACAAACUGAACAGAUUGAAGCUGUACGACGAGUUCAAUGUAAUCAAGGAUAGGAUCUUUGAUCGUAAACCUCGUACAGUGGCGGAUUUGUACAUGAAAGCCGAAGACUACGCGGAAGUCAGAAAAGUCUCUCAGUCUGCAGGAAUGAUCAUACCUAUGCACGACGCUUUUGGUGUCACUGUAUUGAACACCCUUUGGAGAAUGAUGGCUGGAAGAAGGUACGAUACUGGUGACAAGGAACUUACGCACUUACAGCAAAUCCUCACAAAGCUUCUGAAAGAAAUCGACAUAAUCGGCGCGCCUUUCAGUCAUUUUCCAUUGCUACGUUUUAUUGCGCCGGAAUGGUCCGGUUAUAAAGCGUUUGUAGAAACGCAUCAAGAACUGUGGGCAUUUUUAAAAGAGGAAUUGUACAAUCAUAAAAACACAUUUUUAUCGGAUGCCCCACGAGACUUGAUGGACGUUUAUCUAACUGUACUAAAUUCGAGAGACUGCAGCGAUACAUUUUCAGAAUCCCAGUUAUUGGCGAUCUGUGUAGAUCUUUUCAUAGCAGGCUCCGAGACAACUUCAAAGGCACUUGGAUUUGGAUUUUUAAAUCUAAUACUGUACCCGCAAGUUCAAAAGAAGGCACACGAAGAAAUAGAUAGAGUUAUUGGCCGUGACAGAUUUCCCACGUUGGCCGACAAACCAAGAAUGCCGUAUGUUCAAGCCAUUGUUCUGGAGUCCAUAAGAGUAUUCGUGGGUCGUACUUUGAAUGUUCCGCACAGAGCGUUAAAAGACACUUCUAUCGUGGGUCACAAGAUACCAAAGGACACGAUGCUCGUUGUAAAUUACAAUAGAAUACUCAUGGACGAAUCCUGGGACGACCCGGAGGAUUUCCGACCGGAGAGAUUCCUCGACAACGACGGCAAUAUCAUUACGCCAGAAAAAUAUUUUCCUUUUGGCAUCGGCAGACACCGUUGUAUGGGAGAGGUAUUAGCUAGGAGCAAUAUUUUCAUCAUAAUCGCCACGCUGUUACAGACGUUUAGCUUCUCGGUGGUACCUGGUGAGCCACGACCGACCACGCAAGACUUUGUGGACGGUGUCACGGCUGGUCCUAAACCAUAUAGGGCGUUGGUUUCUCUGAGAAUAUAAGCUAGACACUUGACUG